AUGUCUGCUCAUCGUUUACUUCCGUCUCUUCCUCGAAUUAAAGUCCCGAUUGGACAUAUACCCCAACGGCUUAAACUUCCAGGUUUUAAAAAUCCAAGAGGACAUUUGGAAUUACUUCGAAUGUUGGUCAAUCGUGUCUUUAAAGAUGAAAGAGUCGAAUUUCGUUAUAAUCGAGCUGAAGAGUGUCGUCAAUAUGUGGAAAGAUUAAUUCAAUUAGGCAUUCAUAGAGGACUAAAUGAUGAAUAUACAAAAGAAAUGUUUGAUUGGUGGUUUCCUGAAAAGGAAUUAAUAGAUAAAAUGUUCAAGUAA